GGUAUUAAUCUACGGUUUGGUACCUCCUUCCCCGGCAGAUUAAAUGGAGAAGUUUUGUUUUAGGCACUGACAUUCUCACCAAGAUGCCGGAAUCGACCGGCGCAGCGAAGAGACGAUCAGCGUCGAAAGGAUCAAGAGCACGCCCUCCCGCGGUGGGCGGUGCGCGAGGAAGGCAGCGAAGCUCAUCGCAGCGUUCCCGCGCCGCGGCCGAUCACGCCGCACCGUCGUCUACCGCGCCCGCAGGUGCAGCCGACGCAACGGCCCCUGUACCGCAACCUUCCUCCUCGGCGUCUCUAUCCAAAAAUGUAACGCGGACGGCGUCGAACGCAGCUCCCCACCCGGGGCAAAACGCCAAUAGCCAAACCAAGAAGGGGAAAAAGGCGCCUUCGGCGGAAGCGCAAGGACCGGCGAGGGCGCGUCGCGUGCCGGCUCCACCGCGGGGGUCCGGGGUGUCGAGAGCGUCCCCUUUUGCGGCGACAGCCCCUUUGCAACAUCGCUCUAGCAGCAGCAACGGUACGAACAACGCGAACACGCACAGAAAUAGAAAGUUCUCGUCGCUCUCUCACACCUCACAGGUGGACUCCGUUGACGCCAUCUCAGCAACCCAACGACAUUCUUCUCUACGUUCGACACGAGGCGUGACGGCGAUGGUGGCGAUCGCGCGACUGCAACGGCUUUGUCGUUUGCUGUUAAUGCGACGCGCCAUGAGACGCAUCCCGGCCGACGCCCCACAGCAAAACAACUUCAACGAAAUCUCGUACGUUUCGCUUAGUGACGCGGACGAGGAGAGGGAUGGAGGCGAUCUCAUCCGGGUUCUUGUCUUGCCAGAGUCACCUCGCCCGAUGGAGUCACGGAUGGUGCAUCGUAUACGUGCGGAGCUGCAUCGUAUGGAGCGUCUCGGAAGUCUUCGCGCGAUGAUUGCGAAGCGCACGAUUGUCGCAGCCUUGCGUGCAUGGAUACACCGGUUCCGCACGAGUAGGCAAGGCGGCAGCCUUACGCACUCGUACAUGACCUACAGGAAGAGCGUGCUUUCACGCAAUUUCCGUCACACAGAGGCGGAGAUGAUGGGGGCAGAAGCGGGACUCUGCACUGUGCAGGCGAUGCUACGCGCUCAGCACAGUAAGCGCUGUUCGGUGCGGCUUCGUGACGAGCAGCAACGUCGUCGAGCAGCCACCGCCAUUCAGCGUGCGUGGCGGCGCUGUCCGCACCGCAAUGCGUACAUCCGCCGUGUACUCGACGCCCACGCACGCGCAGUGUUGUGUCGCCACGAGUCACUGGAGCGGCGUGACAUGCUGCGCCGACACAUGGUCUUUCUGGUGCGGUGUCACCAGCAGCUGUACAACGAUCCGUGCAUGUGGGAGGCAGGGCUGGCGAUUCGACGCCUGCCGUUGUACACCGCUGACGGUCUUUUUCUCUCCGAUGUGGUCGGCUCGUACGUCACGGGCCCGAUGCAGCUCCUCGCCGCUUCCACCCUUAGAAGUGAAAAUCCACUCAAUGAGGAUGCAGGCGUCCCUUCGCCGCUGGCUACCAUUCCCACGGCGCUGCGUUUCACUGGAUUUUCUUCAAGCGCUGUCGUCGCUGCAGAGCAGGGCGGCAAUAGGUUCUCAGAUGCGCUACAACCCAUUCGAGACAUGCCGAAGACAGAUGCAUGGUGGGGUGACGACGAGCUGGACGUCGAUGCCGAGCUACGCUACUGCCAGUACCGCCUCUUCUUUUCUCCAGAGGAUCGUCGGCUCUUGGAGGAGGCAGCAGAGGGAAAUCCAGAGAUGCUCGCAGCCCUGUCGUUCUCGAUGGACGCAGCAGAAUCGCGGCUGUCCACGUUAGGGUUUCAUUCGAAACGUGGUGAAGGCGGUACGGUGCUGCCUGGACAGCAACAGCCGCCGCCGUUGCCUCUUCAAACUGUGGAGGACAAGAUGCCCUACUCGAAAGCUUUUGCGUCAGCGCUGAGCUUUUUGCGGCAGCCACCUGCGGUGGACCCUGCGGUGCAAGGCGUCCGGCAACAACUGGAGGCCGCGCGCCGAGAUCCGGCUCAGCUGUUACGCGUGCUGUGCACGUACGGUCACCUGUCCUCUGAGCUGGUCGCCCCCUUCACCUGCUACGGAUUACAUUACCAGAACGUGGCCAGGGGAGUGGAGGAUCAAGCGGUGCUCUCCUCUACGGCUAUCAUGCAAACGUGCGAGCCACUCGUCACAGGCGUAGCGGCGAACCCAGCUGAGGAGCUUCGCCACUGCCUCGUUGGUGUAGGGGUGCGGAAGAGCAGCCGCAGCGGUGCUGGCGCCGGCGGAGCUGUUGGGCUUCCUUUACCGUUGCUAGAGUAUCAGUGUCGGAGGGAGGCUGCACGGGGACGUGGCGGCGCCACUGAUCAGAUGGGAGAUAAAUGGCUGAUGCCGCUCGCCUCGGCGCCGGCUGCGCUGCAGCGCAGCGGCUUCGCCAAUCUGGCCACGCAGGCACUCUUUCACGGCGUCGAGCGGGCUGCCCCAACAGCGGACACCGGUGUCACGCCCGACAACACAACGACGACGAGUGAAGUGCGCAACAACGCCGCUGGGGACGAGCUGGCGAAGGAGUGGGAUCACCGUCUUGCAGCCGGUACCGGCGAGAUUGGCGCGGCAUGGCGGCAAUUCCUUCUUUCUAUUUCGGCGUCGACGCCCGCUGAUUUUGCCUCCUCUCGCAACCGCAACGCGAAGAUGCAGCUGAACGAACGAACGGAGACGGCGCUGAAGGCCGCACCGGACGUGUCGCCCUCGGCGCCGAUGCAAGAUCGUCGUUUCGUCGGACUGUGCUCUCACCUCGCCGCGCCCACUUCCCCCUCUACAUCGUUACUGCUGCGCGACUUUGAGCCGACUGGUGCGAACUUUGUCAAGGACGAAGAAAACAACGACGUGACUGGGGCCGCUCUCCACGAGAUGUCUUCCGCCGCCGCACCUGUCGUGAACGCAGCGCCGUGUCGCUCGCUCAAGGUGAAGACGACGGGUAACGCAGAUGCUCCCAUAACUUUGCUGCGCGCCGAGGAGUGGUGGGACGCCGUGGCGCGUCUCCUCAUCCAAGAACGGAGCAGGCGAUUGUCGCUUGGGCAAAACGAAUGCGAGAAGCGCCGUUCGAUCGGCAUCCUGCGCCGUCUGACUCCCCAUUAA